AUGAUUACUCUGGGUAAAUGUUGCUGGAUAUUCUCUAAGCAUCAUUUUAUUCGUGGUGAUUCAAUACUACUGCUGCUGCUUCUUGAACUAUUUUGCGAUUCACUUCAUGAUUCAAAAACCAAAGAAAUUUUUUUAAACAAUUUAGAUCAAUCAGUGAAAUUCGAAUCGAACGGUGUUUUUCUCAGUGCUCCUUUAACACAAAAGUACGUCUGUAAGGACAGAAUGAAUAUUUCACUCCAUAAUCAGCAUUUCAAGGAUUACAUACUUGAACUUGAGCCGGAAAUUGAAGCUCAGCCUUACCGAGCAGAUCAACAAACUAACGUCUAUAUAUGUGAGAAAACGAGGCGUCGUACAUUAGCUGAAAGCUUUCAAAAUCGCAUAACAGUAGCUUCUGGUGUCGUCUUAUGUUUAUCAUCUGUAUCAACAAUGAUCGGCUAUAGUGUUCGCAGACAAUUACAUCCUUCAAAACGGCAGUUGUACCAAUCUCUUAAGUGA